CAGUCCAGAUUGGGAGCAGUCAAGAGAGAGUUCCCGGGAGUCCUUCAAAAUAGAAAGUUAGUGGAGCUGGCGGCAGAGGUGUGCCUGGCCGCUGUCACCCGACUGGCCCCAGGAUUGUAGAAGCACUGCUUUUGAGAGGACGCCGACGGCCUUCUGUGAAGCCUGCCCCCCAUCCCUUACCUGCUCGCCUUCUCCGUGGACCCAUCCUCUGCCGGGAAGAGCUGAUCUCAUUCGGGUACCAGGUGUGCUUCCAAGAGAUAAUGGCCCACAUGGGGGACUGCAAGUGGAUGUCCUGGCUCCCAGUGCUGGUGGUGUCUCUGAUGUGCUCAGCCAAAGCAGAGGACUCCAACUGCGGCGAGAAUGAAUACCACAACCAGACUACCGGGCUGUGCCAGCAGUGUCCUCCAUGCAGACCAGGGGAGGAGCCCUACAUGUCCUGUGGAUAUGGCACCAAAGACGACGACUAUGGCUGUGUGCCCUGCCCUGCAGAGAAGUUCUCCAAAGGAGGUUAUCAGAUAUGCAGGCGCCACAAGGACUGUGAAGGCUUCUUCCGGGCCACCGUGCUGACUCCAGGAGACAUGGAAAACGACGCCGAGUGUGGCCCGUGUCUCCCUGGAUACUACAUGCUGGAAAACAGACCCAGGAACAUCUACGGCAUGGUGUGCUACUCCUGCCUCUUGGCACCUCCCAACACCAAGGAAUGUGUGGGAGCCACUUCCGGGGUUUCAGCUCACUCCUCCAGCACUUCCGGCGGCAGCACCUUGUCCCCCUUCCAGCAUGCUCACAAAGAGCUCUCAGGCCAAGGACACCUGGCCACCGCCCUGAUCAUCGCCAUGUCUACCAUCUUCAUCAUGGCCGUCGCCAUCGUCCUCAUCAUCAUGUUCUACAUCAUGAAGACUAAGCCUUCAGCGCCAGCCUGCUGUAGCAGUCCCCCAGGAAAGAGUGCAGAAGCCCCAGCUAACACACACGAGGAGAAAAAAGAGGCCCCAGACUGUGUGGUGACUUUCCCUGAGAAUGGUGAAUUCCAGAAGUUGACAGCAACACCCACAAAGACCCCCAAAAGUGAGAACGAUGCCUCCUCUGAGAACGAGCAGUUGCUGAGUCGCAGUGUGGACAGUGAUGAAGAGCCAGCCCCCGACAAGCAGGGGUCCCCAGAGCUAUGCCUGCUGUCGCUAGUUCACCUGGCCAGGGAGAAGUCUGUAACCAGUAACAAGUCUGCUGGGAUCCAAAGCCGAAGGAAAAAGAUAUUGGAUGUGUAUGCCAACGUGUGUGGUGUUGUUGAAGGUCUCAGCCCCACGGAGCUGCCAUUUGAUUGCCUUGAGAAGACAAGCCGAAUGCUCAGCUCCACUUACAACUCAGAGAAGGCAGUCGUGAAAACGUGGCGCCACCUUGCCGAGAGCUUUGGACUAAAGAGGGAUGAGAUUGGGGGCAUGUCUGAUGGCAUGCAACUCUUUGACCGCAUCAGCACCGCGGGCUACAGCAUCCCAGAGCUGCUCACAAAGCUGGUGCAGAUCGAGCGGCUGGAUGCUGUGGAAUCCUUAUGUGCAGACAUAUUGGAGUGGGCCGGGGUAGUACCACCUGCCUCCCCACCCCCAGCUGCAUCCUGAAGAGUUUGCCUUGGACUGUCUUCCCUGGGACCAGCUGGGGAUCCAAUGAAGCCACUACAGCUGUGAGUGAUGUCAUCGGACUGCCAAAACUCAAGGCAUUUCCUGGUGUAUUCCUUAGGCUGUAUUCCUUAGGCUGUCCUAAGGAGCUCAGUGAGCGCUCAAAUGAACCAAACCAUGUGGGGAUGACACAGGUGAAGAGUCUGAUCCUGUCUUUUAAGGAGGCACUUAGUGAGAGACAGGGGGCAUGGUAUAGACCAUAUUACCAAAACAUCACAUGGGCAAAUGAAGGGAUGCUAAAAAAACAAUGUAGCAAAAGUUGUAAGAGUGAUGGAGUCUCAAGGAUAAUGGGAACAUCCUAAUGAAGAGAAUAGCAUGAAGGUUUUAGGAAAACGGUUGCAAAGUACAGACAUCCCACUGUCUGCAUUGCUUGAGAAAGCACGGUUUGUUGGCAUGCCCUAUGGUUCCAGAGGUAACUUGACCUGUGUUUAUCAUCACCCAUAAUGGUACAAGCCCUGCAGUCACUAGUGGAGGAACUCUGUGUGUCACUGACACACAAGGCAUGUCUGUCCAGGCUAAAGUGUGGGCAAAUUUGUUCUCCAACACCAUCCACGGGCACAGCAGUUACAAUAUGUCAGGCUGGUUUUACUUCAAACAGAUGUGUGUUCUCUGGAGAAAGGGAAAUGGUGACUUGCUAAGAGUUACCAUGCCUGAUUUGUGGAUGAAGCUUGAGUGAGUUCAGACACAGCAUCCUGAGCCAACGAGUGCAGUACAGAGGUGGGGCCUGGAGGCCUGGGCCCUGGUGGAGUCAUCCAAAGUGGCUGUCUCCCUCCCCUAGACUAGCUUCUCUUCUGCAAAUGAGAGGUUGGUCUUCAUGUCUGUAGUCAGGAAAAUUGAAGCUCAGGUGAGCAAAAAGGUGGGCGAAAGAAAAUGGAGGCAGAAAAGGAGAGGUCCAGGGAGCCUCCAUGGGGUAAAUACAGUGUGGGUGGCCACACAAAAUGGGAGUCAUGGGAAAGUCAGAGCCACCAUUUUGACGAAAGGGCAAUUGUAGGACAGAGCGUUUUUUCAGAGCUCAUAAACAGGCAUCACUCUGGCAGAUUCUCUCACUACACCUGUAACUGCCAGGAAAUGGGAAGCCAAGGAAGCUUUCCCGGCAGGGGGUUAAUGCCAAGCUGGCUGCUGGGCUCCCUCCUGGAGUGCUGACUGUAACGAAUGUUGCCUUUCAAUAAAGCCUCUGGUGAAGAGGCUAUUGAGUUUUUUGUUUUUUUAUUACAAUCGUAUGACUGAACAAAGGCUUUGGAGGGGAACCAGUUGUGUGUUUAAAACCAUUAAGCAGUUUCCCACCACUGAAUACAGACCAUACUGUGAGAGGGCCAUAAUUAGGUCCUGAAUAUUUAAUAUAAUCAUUUUCCUGUGUCUGUCUGUGCUGGUUUUUUAGAAGGCAUUUACUAUAUCCUGCAAGUUAAAUAGUCUGCUUAAUUGUCCUUGUAAUUCCUCUUUGGGAUCCUGCGGUGUCCCUUGCCCCUGGUCUUCCAUAACGACGCGGAGCUUCCCCUUAUUUAGACUUGUAAAUGUCAUCCGUGAUGAGUGAGCAGGUCUAGGACAGCAGGCUCUUCUCCAACUGUCACUCUGCUGAAGAAUGGGCAGCUGCAGCCAGCAGUGUGGGCUGGCCUCCAUUCACCCUGUGAUGGUUCAAGGCUUGAGCCAGCCAGCAUCGUUGUUGUUUAACUGACUCCCAGCUUGCUGCUUUAGGGGAGCUGGUCCCUUGUCAUUGACUUUAUUUGGCAAUAAGUCCAGGAAGGGUUUGCUUCAGCGAGCUUUGCCGAGGAUGCCGUAGCAACAAGACCACAGCGACUCUUACUGACCAAUGUUGGAACUCCAUGCUGCCAUUUUUGUCUGGAAACUGUCAUUAUUUUUCAGUACUUAAAGGUAUUUAGUAAACAUCAGAGCUAGGUCUGAGGGCCUUAGCCAGUGAAGUCUUAAUUGUGAAUAUUUUAUAUAAUUCUGUUUAUGUAACUUAUUAUAUUUUUAUAAGCUCAAUAAACAUGUCAAUACAAAGGAGA